AUGACAACAAUAACGUUGACUGUGACUCCAUUUCAAAACGAUCAAGAAGUACGAAACUUGAUUGAACUUGCUUAUUCAAAUGAAAUUGACGAUAAACGAGAAGCAAUUAAUAAAAUUAAUGAAUUAGAAGCAAGAAUAAGUCAAUUACCCAUGGGUCUCGGUUCAUUAAAACAUAUUCUUAAAGUUGAAAUAAUUCGAGCAGAACAACAAGAACAAAAUAGAAUUGAUAACAGUACUUUACAAUAUGCUUGUGCAGUAGCUGUAUUAAAAUUCGUCGAUGCUGUUAGUGUUCCUUAUCGUGUUCAUCAUUCUCGUCUUUCAUAUCGAAAUAUUGCUAAACAAGUUGAUUUACCUGGUAAUAUAAUUAGUUUACGUCAUGAUAUUGCUCAUCAUCAUGAAUUACCAUCAUUAUAUGAUUUACUUGCUGCUAUUGAUUUUAGUAAACAAUGGCUUCGAAAAAAUUGUCUUGAUGAAUUAGUCGAAACAAUGACACUUUUUAGUCAAGGUUCAUAUAGUGAAUUACUUGAAAUAAUUGCUCGUGAAACUGUUCAAGCUUAUGUUGAAGCUCGUCUUAAUUUUUUCAUAAAACGAAGUAAAAAACGAUUACAAUUAGUUGAUGAACGUGUUGAAGAAAUACGUAAAGCAUUACAAAUGUGUAAUGGAAAGUAA